GGGCAUGUCUUUUCUUGAUCGACAUAUGCACCUGUGACUAAAUCGUAUCUCGAAUGAGCUGCAAACCAUAGAGAUUGCGUAGCUCAUAAAUAACAACAACCCCCUUUCGCCGCCGCCAAACGCCUUACGAAAUCCAUUCGAUAAGACCGGGCUCUCCAUCCCCCGACGUCACUACUCAGACAGCCAUCUCCACCCAUCAUAUUCGAAGCACGAGAGGAAAAAGCACAAUGGGUUCAAACGUAGCGCAAAAGCGCCUCUUCCACGAAUACAGAAAUCUAUCCACCAACCCUCCGGAAGGAAUCACCGCAGGCCCCAUAACCGAAGAUGACAUGUUCCACUGGGAAGCUCUAAUACAAGGGCCCGAGGGAACGCCGUUUGAGGGAGGAGUGUUUGCUGCAGAGCUCAAGUUUCCCAAGGAUUACCCUUUGAGUCCGCCAACGAUGAAGUUUUUGGGUGGUGUUUGGCAUCCUAAUGUCUACCCCAAUGGCACCGUGUGUAUAUCGAUUCUCCACCCCCCUGGCGAUGAUCCAAACCAUUACGAACAUGCCUCCGAGCGAUGGUCUCCGAUCCAGAGUGUCGAGAAGAUUCUUAUCUCAGUGAUGAGCAUGUUGGCUGAACCGAACGACGAAAGUCCCGCGAAUGUCGAGGCAGCAAAGAUGUGGCGUGAACGGAGGGGUGACUAUGAGAAACGCGUCCGAGAAGAAGUCCGGAAGAGUCUCGGACUUUAAUCUUUUUAAAGAACCGUAUGAAGCGCUAUUAUGAAGCUUACUGCCAUGGUGGUAUGUUAUUGUUGUGCCCGAUAUUAUCUGAUGCAUUAUUUCCUACGGCCGGCGUUAUCUGAUUUUCGGGGAUUUGAGCGCCUCCUCAGUCUACGUUGAGUGGUUCUGGUUCAGCAUGUAUAUACAUAGGUAUACUUAUUACGAACAAUUGAAAAUUGAGUGAGCUGACAUCAUGUCAUAAGUUGACAUUACAAAGGAGCAUAAUUGGCCAUGCUAAUUUGACCGAGAUAGACUCUCCAUCUUACGAUCCAGCCACCCCUCUAAACUCCCUUCGGUCCCAUACAGAACUUCAGUCUCAACCUUCGUAUUCAGCAUCAUCAUUAUCUGCAAUUCGACUCUCCAGUCAAGCUGUGGGCCAUUCUCGCCAAACACUGGAUUCUUCAUCAACAU